CAAUCAUUUGCAAAAUAUAUAUUAGAAUGUGCUCAAGAGACAUUCUUAUACCAUUCUGUACCAAAAAAUAUUCUUUUAUUUCCCUGUUUUUUCUAACCAAGGAAGCAAAUGGAAUUCGUUUCUGUAAAAUAUGCAUUCACGUCAAUCUGGACUUAUCAAAAUUAAUUAUGUUUCUCAAUAAGAAAUCCUUUUUUUCCGCCAGCUUCUGUGUAGGUAUCAGCAGACCUCUCCUGCUUCUCACUAAAGUUUGAACUUCAGACAAAUACUGAAAUCCAACCUCUCCAAACUGCGUUGCCUUUCUCACAAAUUGUUUGAUCUCCAGUUACACACUACUGGUGCUCUGUGUAAUUAAUGUCUGCCCUGCAGUUAUUUUCAUAAAUACAUGAAACACGCAAUAAUUAUUGGGUUAUUGGGAUUCAAGUGUUGAUUGUUUUCUGGAGGACUGUCCUUGUUACUGUUCCUUAGAAUUGUCUAAGCAGGCCCGUGUUGCAAGACUGAGAGGGAUGUCAGAGACAGCUGCUCUUACCCAGGGACAGCCUAACCCCCCCCCCUCCCUCAUCACUGCUGGCUUCUCCUAAGAACACCUCAGACCUGGCUGCCAGAACAACUCCCAUCUUCUGACGCAAAAUCAGUGUGACUUGCCAGGAUUAGAACUGAAACCAUGCAGAGACCAGUGGUUAUUUAUAAAAGGCUGUAAAUAAUGACAGCACCAUGAGCCUGGACGAGGACGCUCGCUGGCUGGAGUGGGUCACCAAGCAGUUUGAGAGCAUCGCAGGAGAGGACAAAGAGAUUGAUCUGGAUGAGUUCAAAACCGCCCUCAAAGUCAAGGAGUCCUUCUUCGCAGAGAGAUUCUUUGCGCUGUUCGACUCCGACGGCAGCAGCACGAUCAGCCUGGACGAGCUGCUGAAGGCUCUGAACCUGCUCAUUCAUGGCAGUGAGACAGACAAGCUGCACUUCCUCUUCCAGGUGUACGACGUCGACGGCAGUGGCUCGAUCGACCCAGAUGAGUUACGGACAGUGCUUAAGUCCUGUCUGCGGGAGAGCGCCAUCUCUCUGCCCGAGGAGAAGCUGGAUGACCUGACUCUGGCCUUGUUUGAGUCUGCUGACAAGGACAACAGUGGAUCCAUCACCUUCGAGGAGCUAAAAGCUGAGUUGGAGAGCUUCCCUGAGGUGAUGGAGAACCUCACAAUAAGCGCUGCCAACUGGCUAAAGCCGCCGGCCUUGGAGCAGAAGAAACGGCGCACUCCUCGGUACCUGACCCCCGCGUACUGGCACAACAACAGCCGCAAGCUGCUCUUCCUGUGCGGCUACGCCGGCCUCAACAUGCUGCUCUUCACCGUGGCUGCGCUCCACCACACCCCCGGCGGGCCCUGGCUCAUGGUGGCCAAGGGCUGUGGACAGUGCCUAAACUUCAACUGCACCUUCGUCACGGUGCUGAUGCUGCGGCAUUGUCUCACCUGGCUCAGGGCCACCUGGGUGGUGCGAGUCCUGCCCCUGGACCAGAACAUCCUGCUACAUCAGAUGGUGGGCUAUGCCGUCUUCAGCUUCACCCUGGUGCACACAGCAGCUCAUGUCAUGAACUUCGCAAGCCUGUCCCAGAACGAGGGCGCCCACCGGCUGUGGGAGUACCUGUUCACCACGCGGCCCGGGAUUGGCUGGGUGGGAGGGACGGCUUCCAUCACGGGCGUGGUCCUGCAGCUGAUCAUCAGCCUCAUGGUGGUGUGCUCCAGCACCUUCGUUCGCCGUAGCGGCCACUUCGAGGUGUUCUACUGGUCUCACCUGUUGUACAUCUGGACAUGGGUCCUGCUGGUGGUCCACUGUGCCAACUUUUGGAAGUGGUUUGUGGCUCCCGGGGUGAUCUUCCUUCUGGAGAAGCUGGUGGGCAUUGCCAUGUCUCAUAUGGGCGGUCUCUACAUCGUGGAGGUCAACUUGUUGCCAUCUAAGGUGACCCACCUGGUGAUCAAGCGACCACAGUUUUUCCACUUCAAGCCGGGAGACUAUGUCUACGUUAACAUCCCAGUGAUUGCCAAGUACGAGUGGCACCCCUUCACAAUCAGCAGUGCGCCAGAGCAGCAAGACACGAUGUGGCUUCAUGUCCGCUCCAUGGGCCAGUGGACAAACCGCCUCUAUGAGUACUUCAGACAGUCAGAGACCCAGGGGGUCAGCACCAAGCGGCUGACUGCGAGCUUACGGGACCGUAGGCACCUGAGGACAACGCAGGAGGACCUGUUCAACUCUCCGAGCUGCAAUGGGUCCGUGGCCUCUAAUAAAGAUGACGCCAUCGAGCUGACCUCAUAUCGACCCAGCGGGCCCCCGUCUGGACCCCCGUCUGGACCCCCGGGGGCCCACGUGGAUCAGCUGGCCCUGGCCGAGCGUGGAGACGCUCCCCAGCUCAGAGAGAUCUCUGCAAAACUGAGCGACAAUCAUAGGUUUUGUAACAUAAAGUGUUAUGUGGAUGGGCCUUAUGGUACCCCUACGAGGCAGAUCUUUGCCUCUGAGCAUGCGAUCCUGAUUGGAGCAGGGAUUGGGAUCACACCCUUUGCCUCUAUCCUGCAGAGCAUCAUGUACCGCUAUCGCAUGAGGAAGCAGAACUGCCCUAACUGCAGCUAUUCCUGGUGUGAGACCAUCAAAGACAGCGAGAUGAAGUUGCGGAAGGUGGACUUCAUCUGGAUCAACCGAGACCAGAAGUCCUUUGAAUGGUUUGUGAGUCUGCUGACAAAACUGGAGAUGGAUCAGGCAGACGCUGAACCAGAGGGCCGAUUCUUGGAGAUGCACAUGUACAUGACCUCAGCUCUGAGUAAAAACGACAUGAAGGCUAUUGGCCUCCAGAUGGCGCUGGACCUCCUGGCCAAGAAAGAGAAGCGGGACUCCAUUACUGGGCUGCGAACCCGCACCCAGCCGGGGAGGCCCGAGUGGAGCAAGGUGUUCCAGAAGAUUGCGGAAGAGAAGAAGGGUAAGGUUCACGUGUUCUACUGCGGCUCCCCUGCUCUCGCCAAAAUCAUCAAGGCCCACUGCGAGAAAUUUGGCUUCAAGUUCUACAAAGAGAACUUCUGAGAGCGUCCAGGCCCCUGCAUCUGGGGUCCCGCCCUGAUCUCGCCCUGCUUUCUGGGGUCCCACCCUGCUUUCUGGGGUCCUGUCCUGCUUCCUGGGGUCCCACCCUGCUUCCUGGGGUCCCACCCUGCUCCCUGGGGUUCCGCCAGGCUUCCGGGGGUCUCACCCUGCUUCCUGUCCUGGCUGCAUCUGCAGCCCUGAGCUGAACAUUCACAUGUAGCACUGGCUCAUCCAGACCCCAACGGGCUGCUGACAAAUGACCUUUGCAAUCUGCUGUAAAUAAUAAACAUUGGGACUUGGCUAAAUAGUUCAAAUUGAAUGAAUUGAUAAGGUUGUAUAUUGAAGGUUGUGUAUCGGUUAACAUUGUGUUACCUUGGCAUAAUGUAAAUUGCUCUUAGACUCUAGAAUUUAGGAAUACUGUACAUUUUAUGGUGCACACGCACUUUGAGUAUAUGGUUAAAAACAAGCCAUGAUAAUGUAGAGAGAUGACAAAUUGUUUAGCAUUCAUGCCACUAGUGCUUUCUGCCACUGUGUCUGAAUUAUGACCUGAAAAAACAUUUGAAAGUGCAUCCCUCCAAAUGACGAAAGCACCACAAUCAGUGUUAUUGAUUUAUUUCUUUAGUUUAGGACCCAGUACAAUUCAUUGAACCUUGUGUAUAUAGGUCUGAUAUACAGGAUUAGUGGUGUUCUGUCUUGUACAUUGUAAAUAACAUUUAGACUCUUGUGAAUUUAUUCUGCGUAACUUUAGAAUUGUGUAACUAUUUGCUUUUAUGCUACAUGUAUUCCAUUUCUGAUGACAGUAUUUCUAUGUAGUAACAUGUAUUCAUCACAAGAGGGCGUCUCCUAAUAAGAAAGAAGGGAAUGAAAACGAAAUGUCCAGUUAGGUAUUGAUAGAUUCUGUCCACUUCGGUGUGACUGUAAAUGAGUCUUCUGGAACAUUCUUCCCUGUUAUUCAGUGCUUUCAAGCACUGCAUAACUUAUGUAUGAAUAAAGUAGGAAGACAUUUAAA